AUGUUCUCCAUCCUGGUUCUGUGUCUGCUCUGUGGCAGCUCUUGGGCUUGGUACAAGCCACAGUACUACUCCUACUCAGCUGCUGUGGGUGGGGGCAGUGGCACCUCCUACGCCUCUGAUGGGGAGGGCCGCAUCACCGCAGUCAGAGUGUGGGAGAUCAGUGGCAGCUACAUCACUGGAUUUCAGUUGAGAUAUGACUUCUCCUGGAGCCCUCGUUAUGGCCGCAAUUUCAGCACCCCGCUGGAGAUGUCUCUCUUUGAGGGCGAGGCCAUUGUCCAGGUCUCGGGAAAAUACAACCCCAGCAACUACAUCUACCAGCUGGUAUUUGUCACCAGCAGAGGGCGCUCCUUCAUUGUAGGCCAGCCUGUGGGAACCUCCUUCAACUUCUACCCUGUCCACAGCGAGAGCGAACUGCGCUUCCUCAGCGGGCGUUUCAACGGGAAUGGAAUCACCUCGAUGGGUGCCCACUGGGCAAUGGUCGAUGACAUGCCGCACGCUAGUCCAAUGAUUGGAAACAAUACCGUGCCGGCUCUUACAUAG